AUGGAGCAGUCCAGGUGGCCAGACCUCCCACAGGACGUGCUACAUGACAUCUCCAGUCGCCUUCGCGAUGCGGUCGACUUCCUCCGUUUCAGCGCCGUCUGCAGGCCGUGGCGCGACUCAUCCAAGCCGAUCCACUCCUUCCCACCGUGGCUCCUCCCCACGCCGGAGGAAGACUCCAUCCCACUAAGGUUCAGGUGCCUCUUCUCCAAGUCCAGCUACCGCGCGUUGCUGCCUAUCGCCGAGUCCGGGAGGAGGAUCUGGCUGUCUACUCACGACGCAACCACCAUCCGGUACCUCACGGUCGAACAUCAACGCCCUAGCCUGCACGACCCUCUAACCGGAGCCGUCACCCGUCUGCCUCUCUUGCCGCAUAAGUGCUGUGUGGACGGCCGAUGGGAGGAAAACCUCCACGGCGCUGUCUAUGCUGAUGGUACGACCCUUCUCUACGGUGUCUCCACCGUCUUCGAGGACACCAAGACCAUAGCCAGCUUCACGGCGGUGCUCCUGCAACCUGGUGAUGCAGAGUGGACGCUCGUGGAGACGAUCUUUGAGAACACCAAUAGGAGCCGAGAGUACUGCGCCACUUACCGUAAUGGCAGAAUCCUGGUAACUGUUGAGUCUAGCGUGUGGCAAAUCUCUACACAGCGGGGGGCUGACAACAUGGGGAUCCCAUUGCAGCGGCUACCGACUAUGUGUGGAAAUUACUUGGAGCAAUACAGUUACCUCCUUGAGUCCCGUGGCGAGCUUUUGUGGGCGACCAUCCAUGUCCGGACAUACUACAAUGAUUCGCGCAGGUUCUCCAUGUGGGUGUGCGCGCUAGACGGGGAUAAGAGACAGUGGGUGAGAAAGGAUGGCUACAGCCUGGCCGAUCGCGUCCUCUUCUUGGGGUCGCCCAACAGCUUUGCCAUCGACGCCUCCGUGCUUGUUGGCCAUGGAGGCUCCGUCUACUUCGUCUACACCAAUAGUAAGGCCGCGCCAUAUAAGCAAUACGGUGUGUUCAGGUACAACCUUGUCAAUGAUGAAGUCAAGUUCAUUGAGAGGCUGCCUCAAGGAUGGGAUUGCGAGAAGUGCACUUGGCUCAUCCCAGAAACAAUCAUGGCUCCGGUUCAGGAAAUCAAUAGGAGCUCUCUGGAAGCUCGUGGCGUGAAGAGGCAAGAGAUUAUGUGUCCAACACACGUCAUUCACGUCGAGAGAUAUUAUGAGCCUUGUUUCAAGGUGUUGGUGUACAACCUACCUCUCCCCGUGAAAAGCUCUCAGCUGCGACUCUUGUUUGGCAAACAUGGUAAAGUGUUCAGCACCGAGGUGAUCUGCGACAAGAAGACCAAGCGCUCACGAUGUAUCGGCCACGUAACUAUUUCAACAUCCCAUGCCCACCUAGAAGAUGCUCUAGAUGCUCUCAGUGGCUUGGUUUUGGAAGGUUGCAAUCUCCACAUUAACAUGGUUAAGGAGGGGCGUCCACAGCAGCAGCGGAAGAAGCUACCCUCUUUCAUCGGAGCAGCAGCGCAGCUACAUAUAGGUCCAUUCUCCUGGCUCUGGUUAUAA